AUGCAAAGAGUUUUAUUAAAAUCAUUAGGUUCUCGCAAUGUUAACCGUUCAAUUAGAUUAACUAGACCUACAAUAUCAUUAUUUACUCAUUAUAAACCACAAGCAUCAUUUAUUGCCACUAGAUUUAAUUCAACAAAAGCAAAAGAUACCACUCCAAAAGAAGAAGAUGUAAAAGAAGAACCAAAAGAAGAAGUCAAAGAAGAACCUAACCAAGAACCUACCGAAGAUCCAAUAAUCACUGAAUUAAGAGAAAAAUUGGAAAAAAAAGAUAAAGAUUUAGCAUCAAUGAAAAAUCAUUAUGCUAGAUCAGUUGCUGAUUUCCGUUCAUUACAAGAAACAACCAAGAAAGAAGUUCAAAAGGCAAAAGAUUUUGCAUUACAAAAAUUUGCCAAAGAUUUAUUACCAUCAUUAGAUAAUUUUAAUCUUGCGUUAAGUCAUGUAAAAGAAGAAACAUUAAAAACAAAUAAUGAAGUUAAAAAUUUAUACGAUGGUGUUGAUAUGACAAGAAAUAUAUUUGAAAAAACUUUAUCAAAACAUGGUAUAAAGAAAAUAAAUCCCAUUGAUCAAGUAUUUGAUCCAAAUUUACAUGAAGCAACUUUUGAAAUUUCUCAACCUGAUAAAGAACCAGGCACUGUAUUUUAUGUACAACAAGAAGGUUAUACAUUAAAUUCGAGAGUUUUAAGACCUGCUAAAGUUGGUGUUGUAAAAGGUGAAGAAGAAGAAAAGAAAUAG